CAUUAGAAUGUACAAUGUGGACCGAGGAUGGACGGUUCAGAAGAACAUUCUUGCGAAAAGUUUGCGAUGGACAGUCACUGAUACAUCUCUUUCGCCAGAUCAACGCCAUCUUGUUUAUGCUAGUAUGUCACCUAUUGUCCAUAUUGUUAAUGUUGGGUCCCCUGAAACAGAGUCUCUAGCAAAUAUUACGGAGAUCCAUGAAGGUUUGGAUUUUUUUGCCGAUGAUGAUGGAGGAUACUCUUUUGGAAUCUUCUCUGUCAAAUUUUCAACAGAUGGAUGAGAAGUCGUUGCUGGAAGUAGUGAUGACUCUAUUUAUGUUUAUGAUCUUGAAGCAAAUAAGCUUUUGGAAGUGAUUUGUAUACUAU